CCUCUUCUUCUUCUUCUUCCUCCACUGCAUCCUCUCCCCCUACCCCCAUCCGCCCUGCUACCUUUUCACUUCCUCAGCAAUAAUGUCAGGACUAGUACUGUCUUCUAAGCAGAGCACGUUUGUGCUUCCGAGCUGGGUCAACGACGUCGUCGCAGGCACUGUCGGUGGUUGGGCGCAGGUCGUUUCAGGCCACCCAUUCGAUACUCUGAAGGUCCGGCUACAGACCCAGCCCAACCCACCAAAGUACAGCGGAGCCAUGGAUUGUCUGCGGAUGACUCUCAAGGAAGAAGGUCCCACUGGAUUAUAUAAGGGUGUCACUUCGCCGUUGAUGGGUAUUGGAAUCUGCAAUGCUGUUAUGUUUGCAGCCAACGGAACCUUCCGUCGCAUGCUCCAGGGUGGAGACGAGACCAGGACCCUUAGUUUGCUGGAGAUCGGAACAGCUGGAUCGAUGGCGGGAGGUGUGAUGGCCUUUGUGAACUGUCCUGUAGAAUUGCUGAAGGUCAAGUUGCAGACGCAGUAUGGACCGGCUUCGAAUCCUGGUAUUGCUGCAGUGGCCACAAAAGCUGGAGCUGGAGCUGGAGCUGGAGCUGUUAAGCCAUACACUGGAGUGCUGGAUGCGGGCAUCCGGACCUUCCGUCAGCAGGGUUUGCGAGGACUGUAUCGUGGUAUGGAUAUUACGCUCAUGCGUGAUAUUCCAUCUUACUUUACAUACUUUGUGACAUACGAAGGUGGCAAGCGGAUAUUGGCGCAUUUCAACCACAACGGUCAAGUUGACCAGCUCAGCACACCGGAACUGCUAUUGGCCGGUGGUAUCGCAGGAUUCGGUGCCUGGGUACCAUGCUACCCUCAGGACGUGAUCAAGUCGAGGAUGCAGAGCAACUUGAGCUACAGGAGCACAAUGGAAUGUUUCCGAUCCCUUCGAGUCGAGGCCGCAGGUGGCAAUUGGAAGGUCUGGUUCAAGGGCUUUGGUCCGACCAUGGCCAGGGCCUUCCCUGCCAACGCUGCCACAUUCUUCUUCUACGAAAUGACCAUGAAGUUCAUGCGCGGUGAAUAAGGGACUGCAUGGAAACAUCAGAUACCGUUUAGCUCCGCCUAGAUUGCGGCUUUUGCAUAGACUUGGCCAUAGAAACCAUAGAAACCAUCCAUAAAAACCACCGAAUUAUGAAUUCUUCUGCAGAUCAAACAUAAAAAGAGAGAGACCAUGGG